AGUGUGUCCCCCUCGCCCCCUGAGAGUCUGGUGGAGGAGGAGCGACCGAGUGGCCCUGGUGGCACUGAGAAGCAGAGGGCAGAGGAGAAGGACCUCUCGGCACCUUAUGACAGCGAGGAAGACAAGAGCGAGUACAACCUGGUGGUGGACGAGGACCAGCCCUCCGAGCCCCCCAGCCCUGCCACCACCCCCGGUGGCAAGGGGCCCAUCUGCGUGUCCGCCCGUCGGGACCUCGUGGACAGUCCGGCGUCUUUGGCCUCCAGCCUGGGAUCCCCGCUCCCCAGAGCCAAGGAGCUCGUCCUGAGCGACCUUCCCGCCGGCACCCCGGCCUCCAAGUCCUGUGACUCCUCCCCACCCCAGGACGCGUCCACCCCCGGGCCCAGCUCGGCCAGUCACCUCUGCCAGCUGGCGGCCAAGCCGGCCCCCUCCACGGACGGCAUCGCGCUGAGCCGCCCCCUGACUCUGUCCAGCCCCUUCACCACGUCCUUCAGCCUGGGUUCCCACAGCGCCCUCAACGGGGACCUCGCCAUGCCCAGCUCCUACGUCAGCCUCCACCUGGCCCCACAGGUCAGCAGCUCUGUGGUGUACGGCCGCUCCGCCAUGAUGGCAUUUGAGUCCCAUCCACACCUCCGAGGGUCGUCCAUCUCCUCCUCCCUGCCCAGCGUCCCCGGGGGGAAGCCCCCUAGCUCCCUCCCCCCUCCCUGGCCCCAGAACCGAGAUAAUUACAUCCGCUCGUGCAAGCUGCUGCCCGACGGCCGGAGCCUGAUCGUGGGAGGCGAGGCCAGCACCCUGUCCAUCUGGGACCUGGCGGCGCCCACCCCCCGCAUCAAGGCCGAGCUGACCUCCUCGGCCCCCGCCUGCUACGCCCUGGCCGUCAGCCCCGACGCCAAGGUCUGCUUCUCCUGCUGCAGCGACGGCAACAUCGUGGUCUGGGACCUGCAGAACCAGACGAUGGUCAGGCAGUUCCAGGGCCACACGGACGGGGCCAGCUGCAUCGACAUUUCCGAUUACGGCACCCGGCUGUGGACGGGCGGCCUGGACAACACGGUCCGCUGCUGGGACCUGCGGGAGGGUCGCCAGCUGCAGCAGCACGACUUCAGCUCGCAGAUCUUCUCCCUGGGCCACUGCCCCAACCAGGACUGGCUGGCCGUGGGCAUGGAGAGCAGCAGCGUGGAGAUCCUGCACGUGCGCAAGCCCGAGAAGUACCAGCUGCACCUGCACGAGAGCUGCGUGCUGUCGCUCAAGUUCGCAUCCUGCGUCCUGCCCCCGCCCCCACAGUCCAAGGAGUCGUCCUCGGUCCUGAGCUGCGACAUCUCAAGGAAUAACAAGUACAUCGUGACGGGCUCAGGAGACAAGAAGGCCACCGUGUACGAGGUGGUCUACUGAGAUCCCAGCCUGACCCUCGGGCAGGGGACGCCCAGGCAGAGACCCCUCUGAGUCCAGAGUGCUGCCUGCUCUCCGCCCCUGCUGGGGACAGGCCGGCGGGUGGUGUCCGUGGAGCCAAUAAAUGUAUUUAUCGCAACCACC